UCUUCUGAUACACGUCUAUGGGGUAUGACGGUUGUUUAAGGAGGGAAUACUGAAAUAGACAAAGCCAAGUACCAUGGACGUGGUAUUAUUAGCGCCACUGCAUGCGGAGUAGCGUGGGGUCUCAUCUGGAACAACUUCAGACGAUCCCUAAACCCAGCCUCACCUCCACAAAAAUACACACGACGACAAAGCCGUCACAAUGCGCUUCCACCUGCUCCCAGCACCUAUCGCGACACUCACAUUAUCUUUCCUUGCCUCGUCGCCAUGCAUCAACGCACAAUUUACGUUUCCUCCGCCGCUAAACGGAUCCAUAUCAGACUAUACCUCUGGCAAAGCCACAGCUACAAUGAAUUUCUCGGCCGGGGAUAGCAUGUUUGGGGGUUGGAGUACGCCCGGAAGCCUCAUGUCAUUCCUGGUGUAUCGUUGCACUGGAUCCACGGAGGCAGGCUCAACGAUCAAGCCCUUGAACAGCGACUUCAACUCGACGGUAGGCCAUCUCGCGCCUGACAAGACGUGGGAGCAGAUGCCGCUCUACAGUAGCGCGGCGGAUAUGUUCGGCAAUGGGUUCAACCCUGGGCGCAAUCCUAUAUGGUUUCAUGGGGACUUCUUUGCAAACAAUAAGACGACCGGGGACCUGUGUUGGUUUGAGUUAUACCCCGGAAGCGACACCUACGGCGUCUCCAAGGACGGCACCCCCGAACGCGUAGCCACUGUCAACGGCGACGGUGAUUGGUACUUCGCAACCGAGCCGUUCACCGUGCACCCCGCGCGACCGAAUAACCUGACCGUGACGUGGAAGUCGAGCGGUCCGAAGCCGGAUCUCAUGAAGAACCACACUGAGGCGUACUGGGCGGACUUCUACAGGGAGUUUCCGAACUUGAAGCAGUCGUCGGGUUCGGGGCCGGGCGGGGAAAGCGGGGCGUACAGCGCGAUACUUCAAGGAUCCAGCUGGAUGGGUCUCCUUGCGAUGGUUUUGGCCAUUGCUCUAUGAGGUAGAUGUUUUUUUGGGUGCAGGGAACGAGAGUGAGGAUAUUGGUUGGAUAUUGAUGUAUUUGGUUGCGAUAUAUACCCCAGCAUUGCAGAUCUAAUGCCUGAACGUGCGAGCCAUGCCCCCCCAGAUGAGAGCUUGUGAAAACCAUCGCUUCAACGAUCAUCGCCGCAUGUAGCUGGCAUAAGUCAGGGACCUCGAG